AUGGUUCAAAGAGAAAAAGCACAUGAUGACUUUGAAGGAGGCUGCCUGGCUGAGCUGAUCGGAUCACCUAGAGACUGGAAAUGCUUUCUAGCAGUGCCUGAGCCUCUACUGGCUGUUCAACACUGGCUGCACUUAUGGAAACCACAGACAAAAGAUGGAAACAGCCUCCACCAGCAUGGGGAUCAGGUGUGAGGCAAACACAGGGGACAAAGCCUUCUAAAGUCACCUGCCCUGUCUGGACAUUCCAUAGACUACCAUUUUUACCCACGACUUCGAUGUGGUACGCUCAUUGGACCAGAUGAGCAAGCAGUGGCGAGUGGGUUGGAGGUCUUGGUAACCAGUCUAACCAAAAUCCUGGGAGAGCUGUUCCCCAAUGUGGCACACUUCCUAGAAGAAGCAAGUGAAUUUAAAGGGGGGACCCUCGUGGUACAGCGAGGGGCAGCUGGGGUGCGGGAGGAGGUGGGAGGAUUGGACCCUUCAACUUGCAAAUGUCCUUCUUUGGAGUCCAUCUUGCUCUGCCCAUUACUGGCCCCGGUGGUCACUUCCUCCUCUGUGCUCCCGUGGCCUGGGAUUCACACCAGGAAAGAACGCCACGAAAAAGGAACGGUUAAAUUCAGGGAAUACUGUGAAUGCAGCCUUCGAAAGGAAACCCAGGUUAGCAAUUAUUUUGCAGAAAGUGAUUAUAUUGGCAUCUUGAUAUAA